CCUCCCCUCCCCUUCUCCCAAUGCAGAGCUACAGACACCAUCAGCUACUCCAUCCCCUUCCUGUGUCCCUCAAUACCAGCUCGGGCUGCAACACUCACCGGCUUCAGGCUUCAUCCAGCCCCCUAGAGAAGCCCCACAGGCCCUGCAGACAUCCACCUGAGCCUCAGACUCCAGCACUGUGUCUAAUUACCAAUGUGAUCUCUCAGAUGGAACUGGAGGAAGAGCCAUCGGUCCUGGAAAGGGAGAACCUAAGAAGCACCUGUACAGCAGGUCAUGGGAUGAUGCGUGAGAAUGAGGAGGAGAGACCUGAGCAAGUGGAACUUCAUGUGACGUUACUGGGACAAUCCAAAGCGCAGGGAAAUUUCUGCCCUCUUGAGCAGGGAAAAGCUUCUGAGAGUCCAGGCAGGUCCAAAAGGGAGCAAAGAAACCCUCCAGCAAAGAGACUGGGGAAAUCCAUCCAGCUUGGGGGAGGUGACCUCAAUGACCUCCCAAUCCCGCAGAGACUCCACACGGGAGAGGGAAAGAACACAUGCCCCGACUGUGGGAAAAGCUUCCGUGGGAGCUUAGGUCUUACUAGACAUCAGAGAAUCCACUCAGGCGAGAAGCCCUACAGAUGUCUUUUGUGCGGGAAAGGCUUCACCGUCAGCUCCACCCUGGCUAAGCACCGGCGCAUCCACACUGGGGAGAAACCCUACCAGUGCCUCAGUUGUGGGAAGAGCUUCAUCCAGAGCUCGCAGCUCAUCACCCACCAGAGAACACACACGGGCGAGAAGCCCUACCAAUGUCCUGAAUGCGGGAAGGGCUUCAGCCGGAGCUCCCACCUCAUCAUCCACCAGAGGUUCCACACUGGAGAGAAGCCCUAUGAAUGCCCCCAAUGCGGGAAGGGCUUCAGCCAGAGCUCCAACCUGGCCACGCACCAGAGAGUGCACACGGGGGAGCGGCCCUACCAGUGCUCCCAGUGCGGGAAGGGCUUCGCGCAAAGCUCGGACUUCACCGCCCACCAGCGGCUGCACAUGGGCGAAAGGCCCUACCACUGUGCCGAGUGUGGGAAAAGCUACACAAACAGCUCUGCCCUCAUCAAACACCAGAGGAACCACACGGGGGAGCGACCCUACAAAUGCCCCGAGUGCAGGAAGGGCUUCAGCCAGAGCUCCGCUCUGCUUGCCCACCAGCGGAUCCACACGGGAGAGAGGCCCUACAAGUGUCCUGAGUGUGGAAAGGGCUUUUAUGCGCGCUCCCCACUUAUUGCACACCGGAGAACCCACACCGGCGAGACGCCCUACAUGUGUCCGGAGUGUGGGAAGGGCUUCCGCAAGAAAACCAGCCUGAACAUGCAUCAGAGAGACCACCCGAUGGAGGAACAAUGCCCUGACCAGGGCUGUCCCCAGUGAAUGGCAUCCAUGGCCGUUCCCACAACACACGGGGAUAUUCAGCUUCUCAGCGCCAUCCGUCUGCACAUCUGUUGGGUCAGCUGACUGCAGGAGCCACCCCUAAGCUGACUGCUGGUGAUCCUCUAGCAAGUCCUAGGCAGAGAAGAAGCCCACAUCAUCUCCUAUUUAACUGGUGCAUCCCAAGCUGUAACGCUGCCAGGCCCUCUGUCUCUUGUCAACAUGGGAGGAGAGAGGAAAACCCCUCCAGGAGCCCCUUUUUCCUCAUGUGGGCAGCAGCUGGGAGAAAGCUACAUGGUUCAGGCCCUAAACUAACUCAAGAGACCUCUCACCACUACUCCCCAGACCAGGGCUGGGCUCUCAAACUGAUCCAGAACUGUAGCUUGAUUUUGCUCAUACAACCUUAAUUCUGGCCCCUUAUGCAAAUAGGUUCUGGUACAAUUUUAAUUUACAUUGUCACAUACCGUUUUUUCCCCACAGGGCUCCUACCUCAUUCAGUGCCCAGAAUGGAUGCAUCGGGCAACCUGAUCUAUAGGGGUCUCUAUGCAUGCUGCCUAUAAUAGAAUGCUACCCUCCAUUCUCUCCCUGCCCCUUGCCUGGGGUGCCCAGGGUCAUCUGGGGCCACUUACAUUACUGUCUCAAAAGUGCCUUGAAUUGCCAGUGGAGCCAACCCCCAUUUUCUGCCUACCUAAAUUACUCAUUUUGCCCUGGCAAGCUCCUGGAAAUCCAGUCCUGAAUGGUCGGUGCGUCCCACACAUUUGUGAUGAAAUACUAGCCAAGCUGCUAUUUAGAGCCCUGCAGAAAGCAACAGGAAAUGGAGAUGUAUGUCUCAUCCUAAUGCUGUCUGAACUGAGUCUGCAGUAGGUUCAUUCCAUUUUCAAUGGUCACAACCUCAUUCCAGUGCCAGGGAGGAACAAGUCCUCAAUCUCAGGCAGAAGAACGAAGCAAAAGCAGAAAAGAUUCUGCCAACAAAACCGAUUGAUUGGGAGCAGUUUUAAGCUUAAUCAAAAUAAGCCACUCUUAAAUUGAAAUAAGCGUGUCUACACAGGGGUGUGCAGAGUUUUAACUAAAUAAGCUUAAAUUCCCACCGUAAGUUAAAGUGGUACAAGCCCUCAGUGCAGCCUUGCCAACCCCAAGCAUGCAAAAAUCAUGAGUCCAGCCCCAAAACAUGAGAUUUGGCUUAAAAGUCCAGAGGGGUUUUAAAAAUAAUACAUGUUAAGUUUUUGUUUCUUCUGGUUUCUGAGCCGUUAAGUGUGCAUGUGCUUCACAUUUUCAGUCUUUUCCCUGCAACCAUGAGGGCUAGAACCUCCCUUAAAAAAAGAAAAGAAAAGAAAGUUGAGCUUCUUAUUCAGUCUCUUGAUUCUAGCAGCUGGGGCUGGAAAACACCAAAUAUAAUGAGAGCUGCAUUACAUUUGUAAGAGUUGGUAACACGAUAUCGUCAUCUGCUUUUUCACAUAGGUGUGUGUGCACCCAGCACACUGGAGCCUGAGAAAUUUGCCUAGUGGUACCUGUAGAGGGUGGCACUUGCACCUCGUGGCCAUAGUCCUUUCCCUGGCUACAUGACGUGGUGCCACCCCAACCCUCUCUGUUUUUAUUUCUUGGUCAACUGUAACAUCCCAUGUUUAAUUCAUUCUGUUAAACACUGUCAACACUAUCACCUAACCAGCUUUCUUUGAAUUUCUGUAAUUUCUUAGUUGCUUUUGAAAUUCUGUUUUGGCUAAUGAAUGGAUACAUUUACCAUACUUCCCCAGUCUGUAUUUUAGCUGAGGAACAGAUAUAAAAAGAACCUGAGGGCUUGUGUGCCUCUGAAGACCUUCAGUGUAGAUGCUGCCUGUUCCAACGGGAGGGGUUCUCCUGGACGGCAUAGGCACUCCACCUCCCCGACAGGCGGUAGCUAGGUCGACAGGAGAAUUCCUGUCUAUGCCAGGGAUUAGGUCGGUUUAACUGCGUCGCUCAUGGGUGUGGAAUUUUCACACCCCUGCGAGAUGUAGUUAUAUUGACCUAAUUUUGUAGUGUAGUCUAGUCCUUAGAAACUUGGUAGAUAACAGGUUAAUUAAAUUAAUUGGCUAAUAUGGUUUAGAAUGUGCAUUUCUUACAUCAUGCAUCUUAAUGAGGGAUGAAGUUCAAAGUCUAAUUGUCAAUGCUAACAUGAAGUGCGGGCAAACAUAUUUGUCUUAAACCCAAAUUACCUGUAUAUAAAAAGCAAGAUUAGUGCAAAACUGAGGCUGCUUGUUUAGGAUGAAUGCAGAGAAGGAAGAUGGUUCAGGGGGUUGGGCACUAAUCUAGCCCUUGAGAGAGACUGGUUCAGGUUCCUGCUCCAUCAUAGAUUUUCUGCAUGAACUUGGGAAAGUCACUUAGGCCCAGUUCCACAAGGGUGUUAGGAGCCUAAAUCCCUUUGUGGCUCUGGGCUUCUGGGCCUCAGCUCCCCAUCUGUACAAUGGGGAUAACAGCACUUUCCAACAUCACCGGGGAGUUGUGAAGAGAAAUCCAUUAAAGCUUGUUAAGAGCUUGGAUAUAGCACUAAUGGGGACUAUAUAAGCACUUACGAUAGAUAGAACUGCAGAAGCUAAGAUUUCUAUAGCAGGGUUGGCUUAGCUAUGUAAAUCUGUAUCUUAUGAUAUAGUGAUGUAAACCCCGUACAAACACCAGAAGGGUUAAGGGAGCCUGAAAGUGUCAGUAACCUCACUGAUUGCACCUGGGGAGGGUGUGGUCAGGUGAAAGGGGUGGACUUAAAAGAGGAGAGAGAAGGUCAGUUGGGAGAGGAGAGUACGUAGCGUGUUCCCUCCCUCCGGGAAGUGGGAUGAUAGAAGGCUGGAGAAUCGUAGAAAUGUAGGUCUGGAAGGGACCUCAAGCGGUCAUCAAAUCCAGCUUCAUCUGCUAAGGACCAAGUAAACCUAGACCAGCCCUGGCAGAUGUUUGUCCAGCCUGUUUUUAAAAAACUCUAAUGAUGGAAAUUCCACAGCCUCCAUAGAUAGCCCGUUCCAGAGUAUACCCAGCCUUCUAGCUAGAAAGUGUCAACUAAUAUCUAACCUAAACCUCCCUUGCAAGAGAUGGAGCCCAUUACUUCUUGUCCUACCUUCAGCCGACAUGGAGAACAAUGGACAGGCUGCCCCUGAGGUGAGCCAGCAGAAAGAUCAGGAGCUGCUGAGGGACCCAGGACCCCUGGGAAGGCAGAGAACUGUCUGGCCCUGACUGUGGCAUGGAGUGAGGAUGUUGAUGAUGGAGGAGGUUUAUCUGCGCAGGAACGGGAUGGCCAGAUGAGCCUGACUGGGGCUGAGGAUUUAGUUAUGUUUCUCUGGGAUGCAUUAAAGGACUGUGGUCCCAGAAGGGGUCAGACUCUUGAAAGUGUCGUGGUCGGAGAGUCAGACCACCCCUGCGGCCAGAACAGGCUGAAGAACACAAGAGGAAAAAGGAAGCACAGCUGCUGCUAUGGGGCAUCCAGCUAUGGGGCAACAGUUUUGCGGCAGGUAUAUAUUUAUAACUAUUAAAAUCAGACGGCAUCUUGAACAAGACACAUGGUAUGGAAAAUGUUCUAGGGACCUAAAUGAACGGCAGUGCAAAAGCUACCUUAGCGGUGUCACUUUCAUGUAGCCCUGCAAAUAUUUCACAGUGACCCUUGAAUUCUUUGAAGGGGUCAACAAACAUGUGGACAAGGGGGAUCCAGUGGACAUAGUGUACUUAGAUUUCCAGAAAGCCUUUGACAAGGUCCCUCACCAAAGGCUCUUAUGUAAAUUAAGCUGCCAUGGGAUAAAAGGGAAGGUCCUUUCAUGGAUUGAGAACUGGUUAAAAGACAGGGAACAAAGGGUAGGAAUUAAUGGUAAAUUCUCAGAAUGGAGAGGGGUAACUAGUGGUGUUCCCCAAGGGUCAGUCCUCAGACCGAUCCUAUUCAACUUAUUCAUAAAUGUUCUGGAGAAAGGGGUAAACAGUGAGGUGGCAAAGUUUGCAGAUGAUACUAAACUGCUAAAGAUAGUUAAGUCCAAAGCAGACUGUGAAGAACUUCAAAAAGAUCUCACAAAACUAAGUGAUUGGGCAACAAAAUGGCAAAUGAAAGUUAAUGUGGAUAAAUGUAAAGUAAUGCACACUGGAAAAAAUAACCCCAACUAUACAUACAAUAUGAUGGGGGCUAAUUUAGCUACAACUAAUCAGGAAAGAGAUCUUGGAGUCAUCGUGGAUAGUUCUCUGAAAAUGUCCACGCAAUGUGCAGAGGCGGUCAAAAAAGCAAACAGGAUGUUAGGAAUCAUUAAAAAGGGGAUAGAGAAUAAGAUGGAGAAUAUAUUAUUGCCCUUUUAUAAAUCGAUGAUACGCCCUGAUCUCGAAUACUGCAUACAGAUGUGGUCUCCUCAUCUCAAAAAAGAUAUACUGGCACUAGAAAAGGUUCAGAAAAGGGCAACUAAAAUGAUUAGGGGUUUGGAACGGGUCCCAUAUGAGGAGAGAUUAAAGAGGCUAGGACUCUUCAGCUUGGAAAAGAGGAGACUAAGGGGGGAUAUGAUAGAGGUAUAUAAAAUCAUGGGUGGUGUGGAGAAAGUGGAUAAGGAAAAGUUAUUUACUUAUUCCCAUAAUACAAGAACUAGGGGUCAUCAAAUGAAAUUAAUAGGCAGCAGGUUUAAAACAAAUAAAAGGAAGUUCUUCUUCACGCAGCACACAGUCAACCUGUGGAACUCCUUGCCAGAGGAGGUUGUGAAGGCUAGGACUAUAACAGAGUUUAAAAGAGAACUGGAUAAAUUCAAGAUGGUUAAGUCCAUUAAUGGCUAUUAGCCAGGACGGGUAAGGAAUGGUGUCCCUAGCCUUUGUCUGUCAGAGGAUGGAGAUGGAUGGCAGGAGAGAGAUCACUUGAUCAUUACCUGUUAGGUUCACUCCCUCUGGGGCACCUGGCAUUGGCCACUGUCGGUAGACAGGAUACUGGGCUAGAUGGACCUUUGGUCUGACACGGUACGGCCUUUCUUAUGUUCUUAUGCAUUACAUUUUUGUUCACAUUUAACUUACUGAGAUGAUGUUGAAUCAAUGCUGGGAAUGUAAAAGUGUUAGUAACAAUGGGAAUGAAAAUCUGGUAUGUGCAACAUUUUUGCCUGCAAUACAUUUUAUACAGAAGUUUAUAUUUGGUAGGAGGAACCUGUCACCCCAUGGCAACAACUGUACUUGUUUUGUUCAGUUUAGGAAUAUCGGAAGAGCUCUGCUGGCUCAGACCAGCGCUCCACCUAGCUCUGAUAGCGAAGUGUCUGAGGCUCACUCUACACACAGGUUUUGUACCAGUAGAAGUAUUUUGGUUAGGGUUGUUUUUAGUUUUUCCCAAUAAUUGUACUGGUACAAUCCUAGCAUGGAAGGUGCCUUAUACUGGUAUAGCUUCCUUCCCUUCCUGUUCAGGAAUAAGCUAGACCAGGGGUCGGCAACCUUUCAGGAGUGGUGUGCCGAGUCUUCAUUUAUUCACUCUAAUUUAAGGUUUCGUGUGCCAGUAACACAUUUUAACGUUUUUAGAAGGUCUCUUUCUAUAAGUCUAUAAUAUAGAACUAAACUAUUGUUGUAUGUAAAGUAAAUAAGGUUUUUAAAAUGUUUAAGAAGCUUCAUUUAAAAUUAAAUUAAAAUGCAGAGCCCCUGGACCGGUGGUCAGAACCCGGGCAGUGUGAGUGCCACUGAAAAUCAGCUUGCGUGCCACCUUCAGCACGCGUGUCAUAGGUUGCCUAUCCCUGAGCUAUACUAUUAUCCUCACCUUUGUAUUGGUAUGGGUGUGUCCACACCAGAGGAGAGCUACCACUUUAACUACACCAGUACAGUUUCAGUGCCAAAUAUCAAAAUAUUGCUACAUGG